AUGAUUGGUGGAGGGCAAAAGGUGCCCAGCAAGACCAGGCGAUCCUAUUGCUUCGGCCGCAACACCGCGAGGGAGGUCUGGGAGUCCGUCACCACGUCGCUGGGAUCGUCCACCCGUGCUCGGUGCCUCAACCUGCUGGGGAAGUUCCAGAAUUUCCGGCAAGGUGGCAGCUCGCCGGUGGAAUACCUAGACCGCGAAGAGCUAAUCGUAGAGUCCCUCUCCCUCGCCGGCCGGCCUCUCUCAUCUAAAGAGCAGAUCCUCUACGUCCUACGAGGACUUCGCCCGGAGUACCGUGCCCUUGCCGCCGCCCUCACCGCGACCGACGCACCGGUGACCCUGCUACAACUCGCCGACCUCCUUCAAGCCCAGGAGUUUAUUCACUCAGAUGACCUCCCGGCGCUUGACGAUACAUCUUCGACCCAACCCACCGCUUUAUUUGCCGGACGAGGACAGCGGCAUGGCGACCAAAAUUCCGGCGGAAGACACCCUGGACAAGGUUGCGGCGGCGGCCGGCGUGGACGUGGCAAAAACGGUGGCCAGAACCGCGGUCGCGGAGGUGCACCCCGGUGCCAGAUAUGUCGCUCCCACGGACACAUCGUCCUCAACUGCUACAAGCAGUAUGCCGAUUCCCCACAGGCCAAUGCCACUGUGGCCGGCGAUCCUCCUCUGUCGGCGGACAUGGAUACGUGGUAUCCGGAUACCGGGGCGACAUCCUACGCAACUCUGGACGCUCAGAUGCUAGAUCACUCUGAAGUCUAUACUGGCGGUGACGUCCUUUGUGUCGGCAGCGGGGCAGGUUUUGAUGUUUCUAGUAUAGGCCAUGUAACCAUUCGUUCCGUUCUUAAACCAUUAAAUCUGUCACGUAUAUUACAUGUUCCUAAAUUGUCACUACCUCUCUUAUCUGUCCACAAAUUUUCUGCUGAUAACAAUGUCUUUUUUGAAUUUAACAAAGAUGUUUUUUUUUGUGAAGCAUUGCAUCACCAAAGCGGUUCAGCUUAA